AUGCUCACCGCUCCACCACCCUUCACCGCCCCCUUACCAAACCAAGCUCCGGUCGAAACGCACCUCCCACCCGGCUCCCAACCACCGCCCGCGCUUCCACCAGUCGUGCCUCGCCCCCUCUCCGACAUCCGCGAACUCAGCGAACCCAGCUUCAUCGACGCCGUCGUGCAGCGGGCUGGCAAUACGAAUCAGCAGACCCAGCAUCAGCAGCAGCAGCAUCAGCAGCAGCGCAGAACGAGCGCGACGCGAUCGAGUUCGUUAAGGGGUAAGAGCUCGGUGAAGCGGUCGGGAAGUAGUGGUAGGACGGGCUAUAGCCAUAUGGCUAGGAAACCUGUACCGACUCACGGUCACAGUCACGGCCAGGCGUUCGUACACGCCCACGCACGCGCGCACUCGGCAGACGCAGGCAGUUCGUCCUACUCGGACAGCACGCCCGAGAAAUCCUCCCUCUACAGCAUCCCGCACACCAGCGUCCCACCCCGCAGGAGUUCCAGCGCCACGCACAUCCAGCAGCGCAGCCUGCGCGACCGAGACCGGAGUACCGGAGGCCACCACGGCAGGAAAGCUAGCUUACGCAGCAUACCGCCUCAACAUCAUGGGCCUAGAGGAAGAGGCGAUGCCUUCACCGUGCCGAACCACGGCCCCAGCCACUCCCCCGUCAAAGCCGCGAAGCAACGCCACGACGCCGUGCGCUCUGACGCUGCACGAAGAAUGCCGAGUCGCACGUUCGUACGGACGACGGGGGAGAUGGAUAUCGUCGCGUUCCCUGCUUCACGACAUCCGCGGGUGAAACUGGAGUUACAGGUUUCCGCGCCACUGUUCGUCGGGGGCGGGAGUAUCGAGGGGCAGGUGAAGAUUACGGUUGAUGAAAAUGAGUGGAUCAAAUCGCGGAGGUCGCUGGGCUUGGGAUCCUUGUCGGUGGAUGUGGUGGGGUUUGAAGACCUGCCUGGGGGGCGGAAAGCGAGUUUCCUCGCCGUGGGGACGGAGGUGGUUGAUGCGGCACACCCUCCGCCCUCGAACCUGGUGGAGCCGCCGAACCCGUUGGUGCCGGAGGAAAAGUUCUGGACGCUGCUGCCGUCGACGAGCGCGUUGCCGUUUAUGGUCAGUUUGCCGCUGGACACCGGACCGCCGCCUUUCCAGUCGAAGAACGCGAGUGUGCGGUUCGUGCUGUGCGCGACGGCGUUGAUUAGGGAUGCCGGGAAGCAUUAUCGCGUGCGGACGUCGCAGGAUGUACAGGUCAUUUCCACAUAUGAUCCGGAGAAGGCGUUGACGUCUCUACCGAGCCCGCUGACUGCGACGGAUGAGCUGACGCUGCGGCAUUUCGGGCGAUGCGAGAGCGCGAUCUUGACUGCUGCGCUGCAUCGACAAGUCUGGGUCAGCGGGAGCAGUAUCUUUGUUGAUGUCCAUCUCGCGAAUAAAUGCCACAAGGCGAUCAAGAAGCUGGAGUUGAGCCUGGAGCGGGAUAUUCUCUGCUACAAGCACGCACCUGCUUCCACCCGGGAGAAGUCAGUCAGCCAGGCACGGAUCUUCGAGAGCAAUGAGCAAGCCGUGAUUGCGCGGAAGACCGUAAAAGCUGGCCUGCAAGGCUGGAAUGGUGUGGAGCCACAUGACUCCGAAACGAAGACGUGGGAGCUGGAGUUGCCGCGCGGGCAUGCGACAGUGCGAUGUGGGAAGUACUUCGAGGUGCGGUUUUUCCUGAACGUGACGGCACCGUUGUCGAAUUCGAAGUUUGUCUCGGUGCAGCUGCCGAUCACGCUCAUCCACAUCAACUCGCUCGACGUUCUGCCCAACUCGGUCGCGCAGGUUGCGGCAGCGAUCGAGGAGAAGCGAGCGCAGUCUCAGCAUCAUCGCACCAAGUCGAAGCCAUGGGUGAGAGGCCAUGCGCGACAACGUUCGGCUUCCUCGCCAGCCGAGUUGGUCGACCUCCAACGGCAACCGUCAUGUUCGCAAGGCAGAGCCUUUGCUGCACCUAGGCAACAAUCGGUUGACCGGCAGCGGGCGGUAAAAGCUGAGAUAGACGACCUGAAGCAGACGCUGGACUCUUCGCCACGAAAGUUCGAGCCACAGCUGCGAGGGGCGGCGAUCAAGAAGGUAGACAGCAAGAUCAGCUUUCGCCAUCUGAACCUAAGUGGGAAGGAGAUCAGAGACCACAACCCCUUCACCGACAUGGCCUUCAGAACUCCACCAACCACUAGCAGUGAGAGUCGUAACGACCGCAGCGUCCCGGAGAGAAAGCCCUCCACCCCUCUCGAUCCGUCGAAACGGUUACAGAGCUUCAGCUCCAUCCGCACCAAGAAGUCUACAUCCUCAGUGCGGCGGAAGAAUGACCACGCGGAGGUCAGCAAAGGUCGCCCGUACAACUUCACCGUCGUCCGACAUCAUCAUCAGAUCCAGCCGCAUGCUCUCGGCCUUUCAAGCAGCAAUGAGCAGCAACCCUUGCCCGAGCCAGCACCUUCAAAACCCACAUCACGACCGGCAACAGGCCUAUCCUUCCGAGAACGAAUGGAUCGAAGUCGGUUUGAAAUAAAAGGUGUACGAAGGAAAGGCAGCGUGAAGAGCGUGAAGGAGAAGGGAUUGGGGUUGUGGGAGCAGGUGAAGAAUCGAGCAAAGGAGAAGGAGGGGUGGAUAUGA